AUGGAGAUGGUGAUGUUGGCGGUCAUGAGUAGUGGCAGAGGUGGUGGGUGGUGUAGUGGUGGAUGUGGCAAUGGUGGUAGUAACAGUGGUGGUGAUGAAGGUGGUGGUGAAGGUGUUGGUGGUGGUGGUGGCGGAGGUUAUGGUGUCGGUGAUGGCAUGGUCGUAGUGGUGGAGGUGGAAGUGAUAACGGUGGCAGUGGUCGAUGAUAGUGGAGGUGACGGUGCUAAUGAGUGGAAGGUGGUGGUCUUUGAGGUGGCGGAGGUGGUGAUGGUGGGUGACAGUGGGGGUGGGGGUGGGUGGCGGGUGGUGGUGUUGGUGGCAACAGAGGGGUUUCAUAUGUAG